AUGCCCGAACGUCGUUCGCGCGCCCAAAGGGACGAAUGUCCUUGCGUUAAAUGUGACAAAGACCCUCUUCCUCUACGCCGACACGACCACGAAACCAUUGGACGACACAUUCGCACCUACGGCAUCAGCUUGGAUGCUGUACUACCAAACAUUCGAAUAACACGAAAGAUUCAAGAGGCCAUCGAUGUCCGGGAUGCAUUACUUGUGGAACGGAACAAGCGCGAGGCUGAAAGACGAGAAGCCGAGAUUGGGGCAAGGCGUGGUCAUGGGAUUAUGGAGGACGGCGGGAACCAGGAUAUUCGGAUUGAGGGGCAAGGGAUGGAAGGAAACGGUGGGGCAGUGGAGAUGGAAGAGAAUGACAUGGGGGAAAGGAUGGACGAAGACGGCGAUCCAGAGUUCAGCACUAGCCGGACCAUGGAGGGGGACGACUCUGACAAUGACAGUAGCGGCUGGGAGACUGAUGUCUCUCUCCCCCAGCAGCCAGCACAUGGUCCAGCUCUGGCACGCAACGAAUCUACCCCAACCAUUGGUACCCGUAUUGACGAUAUCCCCGAAAUAAACCGGUUUGGCGCUCAUGAUACCGAAUGGACCCGGGUUGUCUUCCCUUUCGCUGAUGUGGAACUCGAGGAAAAUAAGGACCAGGAAGAGGCUCUGAAUCUGGGAGCAGCACCAGCCUAUGCUAGGAAGGAAUCCACACCUGUCCGUAUGGCGUAUCUUCAGGCUGUCCUAAAUAACGUCAUCAGUCACAGCUCAGUUCGCCAUACCAACACCAACCUUGAAGGCUCGCUCAACAUGCUUCAGGCUGCUGGCGUUCUGCCCGAUUACCCUGUCCCAGCACGGACUUUAGCCACAGCAAAGCGACGACUAGGACUCGACCCCGAUCUUUGGAUUAUCAAUUACACCUGCUGCCCCAAGUGCUGGAAACUAUACACCCCAUCGGAGAUGAGAAGUCUACCUGCGCCCGAAUGUCCAGCACCCAACUGCGACGAAGUGCUGUACAAGGUCAAAAAGAACUCGAAGGGAAAGGUGAAGCGGGAGGCAAUCAAGAUCUUGCCUCAAGUUGGCCUCCUUGCAUCCAUCCGUCGAAUGAUGUGCCGCCCAGGAUUUGCUAGCAUGCUGCGGGAUAGUCGCGACACUCCGACCAACGCCAAUGAUGAUCCUAACUUUCUGAUGAGGGAUAUGCACGAUGGAAGUAUUUGGCACGACUUGAAGACGCAAAUUCACCGCGAAACGGGGAACCUGGGGUCCGUUCGUGAUGUCCCUGGAGAGGGUGAGGCCGGACCGAGAAGACUGACAGAGCACCGUUUUGGUCUCCACAUGUCUGUGAACAUUGACUGGUUUGGGUGCUUUGUAAACAGGCCUCAUUCAACUGGGCCGGUCUAUAUUGCCUUCGCCGACCUCCCUCGUGAAGAACGCUUUCGGCAACUAAACGUGAUUUGCAUCGCCAUUACGCCAGGUCCAAAAGAGCCAACAACGGAGCAGCUCAACAAUGUCAUGGAGCCUGUAGUGCGGGACGCACUCAGCCUCAAAUCAGGCGUCAAAAUGGGUGUAUACAAUGAUGACACUCGUGCUAUUGACGAACAUGAGGUCUAUGCAGACUUUACUUGCGACAACUGUGAUACGCCUGGUGCGCGCAAGUUUGCAGGGUUUUCGAGUCACUCGGCCGACAUGCACCCCUGUCCUUGGUGCAAUUGCACCUCCCUCGACAUAAACGAUCCGAAAGGGUACAACACCGACACAUUCGAACUUAAGGACGACUUCGAACUACUGAAGCACAAGUUUCACAGCAGGGAUGCAGUACCAGCUCGUCAGGCAACAAUCAAUGAAAACCACGGUGUCCGUUGGGCUGCGUUUGACUGGAUUCCUGGCUGGAAACCGGCAAAACAGACGGCGCUGGAUUUCAUGCACUGCGUCUUUCUUGGCAUCGUGCCCUGGCUUUUCUCGACUCUCCUCUUUGGCGCUCAUCUUUUCCCUGGGACUGGCGGGGAGAAUUCAUCAAAACAACGUUUCGAGAAGACAAUCAACUCUAUCAAGUGGCCGAGCCACAUUACACGGCUGCCAAAAAAUCUUGGGGAGAAUCCUUCGCUAAAGAAGGCGGAUGAAUGGCGUCGGCUUUUGACUGUAUCCCCAGUCGUUCUCUGGGCUGCGUGGAAGGACCAUACCGACACCAUUCCCGACACCGAGCCUCGCUUAGGCCCCAACCAAACCCUCAAAACCACUCACUGCCGACGCUUAAAAACUCUCUAUGAUGUGAUUAUUCUCCUCUGUACCGCCGUUCGACUUCUUUCGACCAAGGUCAUCUCGAUGAACCAAGCUUUCCAGGGCCAGAGAUACUUGGCUGCAUACUGUCAACGGCUUCUCCAGCUUGGGGCGCAUCUAUCGCCCAAUCAUCAUUUUGCGAUGCAUCUGGCGGAUAUGAUAAAGCUCUUCGGCCCAGUCUAUGGCUGGUGGCUGUAUGCUUUCGAGCGUUUCAACGGCUUGCUCAAACGGGUCAAGACUAAUGGACACGACGGUGGUCGAGUUGAGCUCACGCUCAUGCGCAACUGGCUUCUCGCCCAUCUCCUCUAUGAGCUUUCUCUCCACCUUCCCGACGAUGCCAGCCCUUUUGAGCGGGCCCUUUUGAACGAUAUCAUCAAUAGCGAAGCAACACGAGGUGGAAUGGCCGUCGAGCUUGCAAUUCUCCGAGCAGAGGCGACUGCAGACAGUGUUAGGGUUCCAGUCGCCAUCGAAGCCAUCUUCCUCCUCAAGAUACCAAACACAGAGUUGCCAUCUAAUGUCUGUCUCCUAGUUCGCCGUCUGAAAGAUGCUGAGGAUCUUCCCGUCGAGUUACCAUGGCAGCCAUACUCAUCCGUUCUUGGAAUAACGACCAGCCGCGCAAAUGAUUACGGCGACUACGAGAUCGUUACGGCGGGCACAAUCGACUGUCCUUAG